GAUGCAGUUCUUGUGUUGUUUCCAGAGAGAGAGAGAGAGAGAGAGAGAGGGAGAGAAGAUUGAAGUGGGAGCUCCUCAUUGAUAGAGAUUAAAACUAUGGAACGUUAUGAAGUUGUGAAAGAUAUAGGGUCAGGGAACUUUGGAGUGGCUAAACUAGUCAGAGAUAAAUGGACAAAAGAGCUCUUUGCUGUGAAGUUCAUUGAGAGAGGACGAAGGAUAGAUGAACAUGUGCAAAGGGAAAUCAUGAACCAUAGAUCAUUGAAGCAUCCCAAUAUUGUUAGAUUCAAAGAGGUUCUUCUUACACCUACUCAUCUAGCCAUAGUCAUGGAGUAUGCUGUAGGGGGCGAACUCUUUGAGCGGAUUUGCAAUGCUGGUAGAUUUGGUGAGGACGAGGCAAGAUUUUUCUUUCAGCAAUUGAUAUCAGGCGUCAGUUACUGUCAUUCGAUGCAAAUAUGUCACAGAGAUCUUAAGCUUGAAAACACUCUCCUUGAUGGCAGCACCGCACCGCGUGUCAAAAUCUGUGAUUUUGGAUACUCAAAGUCAUCUGUGUUUCAUUCUCAACCAAAAUCUACUGUAGGAACACCAGCAUACAUUGCACCUGAGGUUCUAUCAAAGAAAGAAUAUGAUGGGAAGACUGCAGAUGUUUGGUCAUGUGGAGUGACCUUAUAUGUCAUGCUAGUUGGAUCAUAUCCUUUUGAAGAUCCUGCAGAUCCAAAAAACUUUAGAAAGACAAUUGGAAGAAUACUGAGUGUCCACUACUCGAUUCCAGAUUAUGUUCGAGUUUCUAUGGACUGCAAACAUCUUUUGUCUCGGAUAUUUGUGGCAAAUCCUGAAAAGAGAAUAAGUAUAGCAGAGAUCAAAAGCCACCCUUGGUUCUUAAAGAACUUGCCAAUGCAGCUAAAGGAAGGGGGAAGCUGGGGGAGCUACGACACGAACAACCCUUCCCAGAGCUUGGAAGAAGUGGAGUGUAUAAUACAGGAGGCCAUGAAAACCACUGAGGUCCCCAAGGCUGGGGGACUUUUCCAGGCGGGAAGCAUGGAGCUUGAUGAUGAUGAUUUAGAUGCAGAUUUUGAAGACGUAGAGACAAGUGCUGAUUUUGUGUGCCCAGUGUGAACCAAAAUACUUACAUAUAAUAUACGCACCAAUAUACCCCUUUUCCAUUUACUUCAUUCCUCA